GCGAGUACCGUCGCGAUCCCUGCUGACGUGGCAUCCGAGACCAGCUCGGACAGGAUGAACAACUACGUCAUUAUGGAGAAGAUCGGCGAAGGCACGUACGGUGUCGUCUACAAGGCAAAGUGCAAGGUCAACAACAAGAUCGUCGCGAUGAAGAAGAUCCGAGUCGAGGGCGAAGAGGAAGGCGUGCCGGCCACGACCAUACGAGAGGUGACCCUUCUCCGGGAGCUAACGCACGAGAACAUAGUGCGUCUCGUAGACGUUGUCAUGACGGGGUCCAAGGCUAUACACUUGGUCUUCGAGUAUAUGACCAUGGACCUUAGGAAGCACUUGGAUACGCUGCCCGAGAACAAGAUCGUGGACGGCGCCGUCGUUAAGAAGUACCUCCGUCAGAUCGUAGACGCCAUCCUCUUCUGCCACCGGCGGCGAGUUCUGCACCGCGACCUCAAGCCAGCCAACCUGCUUAUCGACGACAACGGUGACAUCAAGGUGGCCGACUUCGGCUUGUGCCGCGCGUUUACGCUGCCCGUGCGCGUCUUCACCCACGAGGUGGUCACAUUGUGGUACCGGGCGCCCGAGAUUCUCAUGGGCGCCAGCCGUUACUCGACACCGGUCGACGUGUGGAGUAUCGGCUGCAUCUUCUUCGAGCUGCUCAGCGGCAAAGUUCUCUUCCGCGGGGACUCGGAGAUCGACCAACUGUUCCGCAUCUUCCGCGUCCUCGGCACGCCGACGGUCGAAACGUGGCCCGAAGUGACGCAACUGCCCAACUUCAAGCCGUCCUUUCCCAACUGGAGGAAGAACAUCGUGGCCGAGCUGCUUCCCGAUGCGGAAAGCGAGGCGGUCGAUCUGCUUCUCAAGAUGCUUAUCUACAGCCCUCGCGAGAGGAUAUCGGCCAAAGACGCCGCCGCGCACUCCUACUUGGCCGGAUCGAGCGAUCCCAAGCAGGCGGCCGACACCGCCGAGAAAAAAGGGGCAUGA